UAAUUCUGACGGCGAUUAACUGUAUGUCGGUGCGAUUGGCCACAUUUGUACAAGAUUUUUUCACUGUGGCGAAGUUAUUUGCGCUGUGCUUGAUAAUCGGCACCGGUGCGAUAUUGCUGGUAACAGGAAAGCCGCAGUACCGCGAAUCGUUCGAGAAUAUCUUCGAGAACACAACACCGGAUAUUGGGACUGCAUCGCUUGCUUUUUACUCUGGCCUGUUCGCAUAUCAGGGAUGGAAUUAUCUCAAUUUCAUUGUGGAGGAGUUGCAGAAUCCAAGAAGAUUAUUCUACGUUGGAGCACGAGAAGGACACAUGCCUGUGGUUUUGACGAUGAUCAACAAGCGUACUCGCACACCCAUUCCUGCCGUUAUUUUCACGGGCUUGCUUUCGAUGGCUUACCUGACACUGUCACGUGAUGUUUUCUCGCUGAUAAAUUAUAUUCAAAUUGUAUAUUGGCUGGCCAUCGGCUGUGCUAUUGCCGCAUUGUUUUGGUUACGAAAGAAGAUGCCGGAUGCAGAAAGGCCCAUUAAGGGCUUGCUUUCGAUGGCUUACCUGACGCUGUCACGUAAUGUUUUCUCGCUGAUAAAUUAUAUUCAAAUUGUAUAUUGGCUGGCCAUUGGCUGUGCUAUUGCCGCAUUGUUUUGGCUACGAAAGAAGAUGCCGGAUGCAGAAAGGCCCAUUAAGGUUAACCUGAUAUUUCCAACGCUUUUCUUCCUCGGUUGUGUUGCUUUGGUAAUUAUCCCGAUCAUCGGCUCACCAAAGGAUACUGGUUUGUUUCCUUCUCAGGUUCAGACUUUUUUUUUGCUUCAUAAUUUUCUGUAUAAACCGCACUAUUUGCAGCAAUCGGUAUUGGAAUUCUACUCACCGCGGUUCCUAUUUAUGCUGUUUUUGUCGCUUGGAAAAGCAAACCAAAGUGCUUCAAUGCAAUCUCAGGUUGCCAUUUAUUCUUUGUCAAAGUAAAA